AAUCUGAAAUAUAUUAUUUGUAUGUACAAACUUGUAGAAACAAGUACCAUAUAUCUAAAACCUUCCGGCAGGAUCGAUAAAUGUCAACAAUACAAAUUUGCAAAAUGAAAUCCGAAUUUGGAACAAAUCAUUUGAAUGAAAAAACUUGUACAAACAACUAUACAGUAUAAAUGAGAAACCUUCAGGUAGAAUGAGCAUAAUAGGUUCCCGUUACCGUUGCUGAUUCAUAUCGCUAGUAUUGGAAUUAUGUAAAAUCUGGGUAAUGUGGCACUAAAAAUUAUCCUAGUGCAAAAGGGUGACUAGUUUUUCCGCUCCCCAAGUCAAUUGAGCUUGCGAAACCGAUUGUGAACUAGCACCACUUCAAAUACAUUUCUAAAACCAUAAUAUCUCCAGAUAUAUAUAUUCAGCAGUUAAUUUCUUUGCAACCUAUUGAUCUCUCCUAGAAAAGCAUUAUGUUGCUUUGGUAUUAUUUGUUCGGUUUCAUGCAAGGGAUGACAUUGGCAACGGCGAUUGACUACCAGCUUCCUACGGAUGUUAUUCCAGUGCACUAUGACCUUUUCUUAUAUCCUGACAUCACCGCAGGCGUUUCUUAUGGUAAUGUGAGCAUAGAAUUGAAUGUAACAGCCACACGCAGCACACUUAUCGUCAACAUGAAUGAAGUCAUCAUAUCCUCAACAAAUUUAACAUCCAUCCUUACGGGGUCAUCGCUGCCUAUUACAUCAACCACAGAAGACACAGCCUUGCAGAGAUACAUAAUUACGCCUUCAACUGAGAUCGAAGCAGGGCAAUAUAUAUUGUCACUGGAAUUCAGCGCCAAUUUGACUACAGACCUUGUUGGCCUGUAUCAGAGUACUUAUGUUGGCGAGAACAAUAAUACUAGGAUACUUGCUGUCGCCGUACUUCCACCGGCGUACGCAAGAAAUGUGUUUCCAUGUCUGGAUGAACCAAAAUUCAAGGCCCAAUUUGACAUCAAACUUGUACAGCCUUCCGGAGAUAAUUAUACCUCAAUUUCUAACAUGAAUGUCAAGAGUAUUGCAGUAAAUGAGCCUGCGUCGGGUUUGAAAACAGUGACCUUUGCCACAAGUCCGCCAAUGCCGACGUUCCUUGUCGGCCUUUUAGUCUGUGAUUUUCAAGCCCGGACGACAAAUGUGACGAAUCUUGAUGGAGAAACAUUUCCAGUCAGUUUUUAUACCACAGAAUCCCAACUGUACAAAAGUGCUUUACCAUUACAAGUUGCAACAAAUGCUCUUGCAUAUUACAUCAAUCUCUUUAAUGUAUCUUACCCCUUGCCAAAGUUCGAUAUGGUUGCUAUUGCUGACAUUACUUUUAGCCUUGUGGAAAGCUGGGGUAUGGUUCAAGCUGCUGAACACGCAAUUCUUUAUACUAGCAACACAAGUUCCACGAGUAACAUGGACGAUGUCAUCUUUACGACAUGUUACGGAGUUGCCCACAUGUGGGUUGGAACCCUUGUGUCUGUGGAUUGGUGGGAUGAUAUUUGGAUCACCGAAGGUAUUCCUACAUGGGCACAAUACAGGACCGCAAAUGAGUUGUAUCCGGAUUGGGGCUUUAUAGAACUGUUCUUAUUUUACGAGGUUUUGAAUGUUAUGGAUGACGAUGCGUCUGUUGACUCGGAUCCCAUGAUUCAGGAAAUCACUACACCCGACGAAAUUGCAAAUGUUUAUGACUCCAUUAGAACCAGUAAGGCAGCAGCAGUCAUUCGCAUGCUGGAAAAUUUUGUAGGAUCUGAUAUUUUCUACACAGCGAUUUCGACGGAUUUGAAAACAUAUGCAUACCAGAGUGAAAAUACCUCUGGAUUUUAUGAUGGACUGCAGAACCUUGUGGAUUCAAGCCUCAAUAUCUCGGAUAUCAUGAAUACUUGGACACUUCAAGCGGGCUUUCCUGUCGUAAAUGUCGUUAAAAACGGAACCGUUUACACUCUUACUCAGAAACGAUUUCUAUCCGAUCCUAACGCCGUCUCAAACUCUACUUCAUCAACUUACGGAUUCAGAUGGACAAUACCCAUCACUUACGUAACAAGUGAAAACUCGACAUCGAAUUUGGUGUGGUUUCAGUACGAUGCCAGUAGCUUAUCUUUGACGGUUAACACAUCGGUAGAGUGGAUAAAAUUCAAUCACGACCAAGUUGGCUUUUAUCGAGUGAAUUAUGAAACGUCGGAGUGGGAGACACUUAUCAAUAUUCUAAAAUCUGACCCAGAGACAUUCACUGCUGCGGAUAGGACACAGCUUGUAGGGGAUGCGUUCAGUUUAGCUGCAGCUGCCCAACUAAGUUACAACGUAACACUUGAGUUGGCUUCGUACCUCGUUAAUGAGUCGCAUUAUAUACCUUGGAAUAUGGCUUACACAGAUUUUCAGUAUAUGGUCUCUAUGCUAGCCGAUACUGAUAUAUCCACUAGCCUAAAUGAUUACAUCAUUAGCUUGGUGAAACCCAUUUACAAAAAUGUCACAUGGUCCAUAGGUGAUUCCGACUCUCACAUAACUCUGCGUCUCCGCCCAGUUGUCUUGGAAAUGGCAUGCAACGCAGGUUAUGAUCAGUGUUUGACUGAAGCUGGAAACCUUUUCUUAGACUGGAUUAACGGUACUGAUGAUGUCCGUCCUCCUCCCGAUACUCGAUAUGUAGUAUACAAAUAUGGUAUACAAAAUGUGAAUAGAGAGGCUGAAUGGGAUCAGGUGUUCCAAAAGAUGUUAGAUGAGACAGAUUCGGCGGAGAGAUUCAGGUUGUUGAAUGGUUUAUCAGGAAUAAAAAAUGCUACGAUCUUGACCAAGUAUCUAAAUCUGGCCAUCAACCAAUCGUAUGUCAAAGCUGCUGAGUUUUAUUUCGUCUUUGGCUUUAUUUUGACAAAUUCGAUCGGUCCAGCUGCAGCUUGGGAUUGGAUUCGUGAUAAUGUGGAAACUCUAAUGAAUGAUUAUGGCUACAGUGCAAGCGACAUUGCAGAUUGGAUUGGUAGGAUUGUGGCUACCUUCCACACCGAGGCGAGAGUGGUGCAGCUGGAAACAUUCUUUGAAACAUACUCGGGAGUAAAGGAGGCCUUUGACACUGAUCUUCUCAAAAAUAUAUACAAUAACAUCGAUUGGCUGAACCUUAAUAAUGCUACAAUUGAAGCUUGGCUGAAUUCGUAUGUGACGUCCGAAUAUACUCCAUCCAGGCAUUACCAGAUGAAGUGUGUAUCAUUGAUGCCAAAAUCAGCUCAACUGGAGGAAUGCUUGCAUUUCUUGAGCUUCAACUAUAGUAAGAAAGGGGAUGUCUGGUUGCUUGAGGACAGCAUACUGAGUGGCGCGACAAAUUCACCUAUAAAUACUGUAGCAUUUUCUACUAUUUCACAAUUAGAUUCUUUUCAAAGUGUGGGUUGCAUCGUACAUAAGCAUUAUGUUACCUUGGUAUUAUUUUCUCGGUUUUGUGCAAGGAGUAACCCUGGUAAGUUGACAAAAAUAAACCUUCGCCAUGUCCGAUGGAUGUUCGUUCUGUUGGCGAUUCUUUUCUUUUUCGUACAGGUAACAGCGAUUGACUACCGACUUCCUACGGAUGUAAUUCCAUUACGCUAUGACCUUUGUAUAUACCCUGAUAUCUCCUCAGGCGUUUUUAAUGGUACCGUGAGUAUAGAAUUGAACGUAACAGCCACACGCAGUACGAUUAUUGUCAAUGAGUAUGGUCUCGACAUAUCUUCACUAAGUUUAACAAACACCUCAUCGGGUUCCUCACUAACGAUUACGUCAGCAACAGAAUACACAGAAUCGCAGGAAUACAUAAUUAUACCUUCAAAUGAGAUUGAGGCAGGAAAAUAUACAUUGUCAAUCGGGUUCAGCGGCAAUUUCUCUCAAGACCUGGUUGGCCUGUAUCAGAGUACCUACGUUGGUGAGGACGGUAAGACUGGGGUACUCGCUGCCACCGAAUUAUCACCGGCAUAUGCAAGGUACUUGUUCCCAUGUCUGGAUGAUCCAAAAUUCAGGACACCUUUUGACAUUAAAGUUGUACAGCCAUCCGGAGAUAAUUACAUCUCACUUUCUAAUAUGAAUAUCAAGAGUAUUGCUAUAGAUGAGCCUGCAUCAGGUUUCAAAACCGUAACCUUUGCCACAAGUCCACCAAUGCCGACAUACACUGUUGGCUUUGUAGUCGGUGAUCUUCACGCCCUGACAACAAAUGUUACAAAUCUUGAUGGAGAAUCAUUUCCAAUCAGUUUUUAUACUAGAGAAGCCCAACUUUAUAAAGGUGCUUUUCCGCUACAAGUUGCGUCAAAUGCUCUUGCAUAUUACAUCAAUCUCCUCGGCGUAUCUUACGCCUUGCCGAAGUUCGAUUUGGUUGCCAUUCCUGACAUUGGCUUUCCCUGUCUGGAAAACUGGGGUAUGGUUACAGCUACCGAAAACAUGAUUCUUUAUGCCAGCAACGCAAGUUCCACAAAGAACAUGGACGAUGUCAUCAUUACAACAUGUUACGGAAUUGUUCACAUGUGGGCUGAAAACCUUGUAUCUGUGGAAUGGUGGGAUGACCUUUGGUUCUACGAAGGUAUUCCCAAUUGGCUGCAAUACGGGAUUGCGGAUAAAUUGUAUCCGGAUACCGGCCUUGUAGAACUGUUCUUAUUUUCCGAGGUUGUGAAAGCUAUGGACGUUGAUGCGUCCAUCAACUCACAUCCUAUGAUUCAGAAAAUAAGUACACCAGAUCAAAUUGCAACCAUUUAUAACCCAAUUACAAGAAGUAAGGCAGGAGCAGUCAUUCGGAUGCUGGAAAAUUUUGUGGGAUCCGAUGUUUGGGCCACCUCUCGUUCUGUGGCAUUAACAGAAUAUGCGUACCAGACUGAAAAUACCUCUGAUAUUUAUCACGGACUGCAAAGCCUUGUCAGUUCAAGCCUCGAUAUCUCGGCUAUCAUGAAUACUUGGACACUUCAAGCAGGCUUUCCUGUCGUAAUUGUCGUUAAAGAAGGAACCGUUUACACUCUUACGCAGAAGAGAUUUUUAUCUGAUCCUAACGGAGUCUCUAACACUACUUCAUCAACUUACGGAUUCAGAUGGACAAUUCCCAUCACUUACAUAACAAGUGAAAACUCGACAUCAAACUUGGUGUGGUUUCAGUAUAAUGCCAGUAGCUUGUCUAUUACUGUCGACGAAUCCGUGGAGUGGAUAAAAUUGAAUCACGACCAAGCUGGCUUUUAUCGAGUGAAUUACGAAACGUCGGAGUGGGAGACACUUAUCAAUGUUCUACAAUCCUACCCCGAGACUUUCUCUGCUGCGGACAGGACGCAGCUUGUAGGGGAUGUGUUUAGUCUAGCUGCAGCUGCCCAACUAAGUUAUGACGUAACACUUGAGUUGGCAUUAUAUCUCGUUAAUGAGCCACAUUAUAUACCUUGGAAUGUGGCUUACACAGAGCUUCAGUACAUGGUCUUUAUGCUAGCCGAUACUGAUAUAUCCACUAGCCUAAAUGAUUACAUCAUUAGCUUGGUGAAACCCAUUUACAAAAAUGUCACAUGGUCCGUAGGUGAUUCCGACUCUCACAUAACUCUGCGUCUCCGCCCAGUUGUCUUGGAAAUGGCAUGCAACGCAGGUUAUGAUCAGUGUUUGACUGAAGCUGGAAACCUUUUCUUAGACUGGAUUAACGGUACCGAUGAUGUCCGUCCUCCUCCCGAUACUCGAUAUGUAGUAUACAAAUAUGGUAUACAAAAUGUGAAUAGAGAGACUGAAUGGGAUCAGGUGUUCCAAAAAAUGUUAGAUGAGACAGAUUCGGCGGAGAGAUUCAGGUUUUUGAAUGGUUUAUCAGGAAUAAAAAAUGCUACGAUCUUAACCAAAUAUCUAAAUUUGGCUAUCAACAAAUCGUAUAUCAAAGCUGCUGAAUUUUCUUCCGUCUUCGACUUCAUUUUGACAAAUUCGAUCGGCCCGGCAACAGCGUGGGAUUGGAUUCGGAAUAAUGUGGAAACUCUAAUCAAUAAUUAUGAAUUCAGUGAAAGCCGCAUUGCAGAUAUGAUUGGCAGGAUUGUGGCUACGUUCCAUACUGAGGAGAGAGUAGAGCAGCUCGAAACAUUCUUUAAAACAUACCCGGUAGUAGAGGAGGCCUGCAACACUGAUCUUAGGAAAAAUAUAUACAAAAACAUCAAUUGGCUGAGCUUGAAUAAUGCUACGAUUGACGCUUGGCUGGAAUUAUAUCUGAAAACCGAAUACGAGGAUGGAUUCUCGUACCGCAACAGCAACCUCCGUCCCUUUUGUGCUUUAACUGCUACCGCAAUACGCACUAGAAAAGUCGCCCGACCUUGGUACCGAGAAGAUGUUCCUCCAGGAUUCAGGAUGGAAUCCGAAUGCGGAACAUACCAUUUGGACGUCCGAACUUUGCUUCCAGAAAUAAAAUUAGGAGUAACCCUGGUAACAGCGAUUGAGUACCGACUUCCUACGGAUGUAAUUCCAUUACGCUAUGACCUUUGUAUAUACCCUGAUAUCUCCUCAGGCGUUUUUAAUGGUACCGUGAGCAUAGAAUUGAACGUAACAGCCACACGCAGUACGAUUAUUGUUAACAAGUACGACCUCGACAUAUCUUCACUUAAUUUAACGUACACCUCAACGAGUUCCUUACUAACGAUCACGUCAGCCACAGAAAACACAGAUUUGCAGGAAUAUAUAAUUACACCUUCAACUGAGAUUGAGGCAGGGAAAUAUACAUUGUCAAUCGGGUUCAGCGGCAAUUUCUCUCAAGACCUUGUUGGCCUGUAUCAGAGUACUUAUGUUGGCGAGAACAAUAAUACUAGGAUACUUGCUGUCGCCGUACUUCCACCGGCGUACGCAAGAAAUGUGUUUCCAUGUCUGGAUGAACCAAAAUUCAAGGCCCAAUUUGACAUCAAACUUGUACAGCCUUCCGGAGAUAAUUAUACCUCAAUUUCUAACAUGAAUGUUAAGAGUAUUGCAGUAAAUGAGCCUGCGUCGGGUUUGAAAACAGUGACCUUUGCCACAAGUCCGCCAAUGCCGACGUUCCUUGUCGGCCUUGUAGUCUGUGAUUUUCAAGCCCGGACGACAAAUGUGACGAAUCUUGAUGGAGAAACAUUUCCAGUCAGUUUUUAUACCACAGAAGCCCAACUGUACAAAAGUGCAUUACCAUUACAAGUUGCAACAAAUGCUCUUGCAUAUUACAUCAAUCUCUUUAAUGUAUCUUACCCCUUGCCAAAGUUCGAUAUGGUUGCUGUUGCUGACAUUACUUUUAACCUUGUGGAAAGCUGGGGUAUGGUUCAAGCUGCUGAACACGCAAUUCUUUAUACUAGCAACACAAGUUCCACGAGUAACAUGGACGAUGUCAUCUUUACGACAUGUUACGGAGUUGCCCACAUGUGGGUUGGAACCCUUGUGUCUGUGGAUUGGUGGGAUGAUAUUUGGAUCACCGAAGGUAUUCCUACAUGGGCACAAUACAGGACGGCAAAUGAGUUGUAUCCGGAUUGGGGCUUUAUAGAACUGUUCUUAUUUUACGAGGUUUUGAAUGUUAUGGAUGACGAUGCGUCUGUUGACUCGGAUCCCAUGAUUCAGGAAAUCACUACACCCGACGAAAUUGCAAAUGUCUAUGACUCUAUUAGAACCAGUAAGGCAGCAGCAGUCAUUCGCAUGCUGGAAAAUUUUGUAGGAUCUGAUAUUUUCUACACCGCGAUUUCGACGGAUUUGAAAACAUAUGCAUACCAGAGUGAAAACACCUCCAGAUUUUAUGAUGGACUGCAGAACCUUGUGGAUUCAAGCCUCAAUAUCUCGGCUAUCAUGAAUACUUGGACACUUCAAGCAGGCUUUCCUGUCGUAAAUGUCGUUAAAAACGGAACCGUUUACACUCUUACUCAGAAACGAUUUCUAUCCGAUCCUAACGCCGUCUCAAACUCUACUUCAUCAACUUACGGAUUCAGAUGGACAAUACCCAUCACUUACGUAACAAGUGAAAACUCGACAUCGAAUUUGGUGUGGUUUCAGUACGAUGCCAGUAGCUUAUCUUUGACGGUUAACACAUCGGUAGAGUGGAUAAAAUUCAAUCACGACCAAGUUGGCUUUUAUCGAGUGAAUUAUGAAACGUCGGAGUGGGAGACACUUAUCAAUAUUCUAAAAUCUGACCCAGAGACAUUCACUACUGCGGAUAGGACGCAGCUUGUAGGGGAUGCGUUCAGUUUAGCUGCAGCUGCCCAACUAAGUUAUAACGUAACACUUGAGUUGGCUUCGUACCUCGUUAAUGAGUCGCAUUAUAUACCUUGGGAUAUGGCUUACACAGAUCUUCAGUAUAUGGUCUUUAUGCUAGCCGAUACUGAUAUAUCCACUAGCUUAAAUGAUUACAUCAUUAGCUUGGUGAAACCCAUUUACAAAAAUGUCACAUGGUCCGUAGGUGAUUCCGACUCUCACAUAACUCUGCGUCUCCGCCCAGUUGUCUUGGAAAUGGCAUGCAACGCAGGUUAUGAUCAGUGUUUGACUGAAGCUGGAAACCUUUUCUUAGACUGGAUUAACGGUACUGAUGAUGUCCGUCCUCCUCCCGAUACUCGAUAUGUAGUAUACAAAUAUGGUAUACAAAAUGUGAAUAGAGAGGCUGAAUGGGAUCAGGUGUUCCAAAAGAUGUUAGAUGAGACAGAUUCGGCGGAGAGAUUCAGGUUGUUGAAUGGUUUAUCAGGAAUAAAAAAUGCUACGAUCUUGACCAAGUAUCUAAAUCUGGCCAUCAACCAAUCGUAUGUCAAAGCUGCUGAGUUUUAUUUCGUCUUUGGCUUUAUUUUGACAAAUUCGAUCGGUCCAGCUGCAGCUUGGGAUUGGAUUCGUGAUAAUGUGGAAACUCUAAUGAAUGAUUAUGGCUACAGUGCAAGCGACAUUGCAGAUUGGAUUGAUAGGAUUGUGGGUAGGCUCCACACCGAGGAAAGUAUAGAGGAGAUGGAAUCAUUCUUUGAAACAUACCCAGAAAUAGAAGAAGCCUUCGUCACUGAUCCCCGACAAACUAUAUAUGGAAAUAUCAAUUGGAUAACCUCGAAUAAUGCUACAAUUGACGCAUGGCUGAAAUCAUAUAUGAAAACCGAUAACAAUACCGCUGCUGAGAAUUGGUUACUGCAGCAUCAGCUGACCUGAAUAAAUACUGAAAUACUGAAAAAUAA